UGAACACCUUCAUCCCAUUACCCAGAACACGAAGAACAAUAUCGGUUAAUAAUUAACCGAUUCUAAUAUUGUAUCGGUAUAUCAUUUACCGAUUUGUAAUCUGGAAGUUUGAUCACCUUUUCACCAUUACUCCUCCCUCCACCAACCCCUCCACCAUUACUCCUCCCUCCAACAACCCCCCACCAGCCCCCCAUAACUCGCCCAAACUACCUUAUUCUCCAUUACUCCACUCCUCCCUCACAUUUCACCUUCCCACCACCACCACCAUCUCCACAUUUCCACCACCACCACCACCAACACCACCACCACCAAGGGAAAGCUUUUAACUUCUGGGAUGACAGAGUCAUUUUUCUUUGGUGAAUCACAAUUGAUACAUGCUGCUGGAUUGGAAAAUGAUAAUCCAGAGGAGCAACCAUCACUAGCUGAACCUCCGAUUAUAUCUAUAGAUGUCUCUCAUUUGUAUCAUACUGAUCAGGACCCCACGGGUGCCGUUGAUGCUAGCAUCCACCGCAAGGCAUUUACUCACAGUGAAUUUGCGAAUGACAUAACUGUUGGAUCUGUUCUCGUUCUCCAAAAGGUUGCUGUGUUUGCACCUAGAGGAACUGUUUGUUAUCUUAAUAUAACAUUGCCCAACCUAGUGAAGGUAUUCCCAAAAGAUUGCGGACCCCAUGACUUCAUCGAUAUCACAGAGGAAUAACAUUGCCCAAUCUCCGGUAACCCGCACCAAGGCAGGUGAUACAAACCCGUCUGCUGCAGCAGCUGUCGCACAGCUGUGUGGGCCUCUGAAUCGCCAUCACAGGGGAGGUUCCAUACCUUCCCCCCAACAGUGGCCACCCUCAAUGUCCGACGGUCCACGUACCGCGGGUCUGUGCGAAGAAGUGCCUGCCACGUCCAAGGAGCCUUGUGGUCAGGAUAAUGCGCAAGAAGCGACAGAUCCUCAGGCCCCCCGGGAAACGGUGCCACCCUCUGGAUGAGGUCGUCAUCCGCGCCGCCCUCUGCCACCACAUCUGGCACAACAUCAGCAGCAUCAAUCUCCUCCUGGAGAAUAAGAGGCUCCUUCUCCUCACCACUGGCCUCAGAAGCAGUCUCAGAAGCAGUCUCAGAAGCAGACUCCUCGCCACUGGGCUCCGAAGAAGACUGUGUAAGAUCAAGAUUUGGUCAUGUGGUACAACUCUAUGUUUUGAUGAUAACAAGUAUUUAUUUGUGGAUGAACAACUAUGAUACUCUAAUGUUUGUCUUGAGUGUUUUGACAAACAGGUUCUGAUUCUGACACCAGAAGAUAUAUUCGUCAGAAGUUCUGAAGAUCAGAGGAUCUGAAGAUCAGAGGAUCAGAGGAUCAGAAGAUCAGAGGAUCAGAAGAUCUGAGGAUCAGAGGAUCUGAAGAUCAGAAGUUCUGAAGAUCAGAGGAUCAGAAGAUCUGAGGAUCAGAAGAUCUGAAGACCAAAAGCUCUGAGGGACCAGAGGCUCUGAAGGUUCAGAAGCUCUGAAGGUCCAGAAGCAGAAGUUACGAAGGUCAGAGGAUCCAAGCAUCCCUCUGACUCUGAUCACCAAGCUUCACAAGUUCCAACACGAAGCAUUCCUCUGAUCAGAAGUCAUUGGUUAAAGGCAAAUGUCUCUAUCAAGAAGUACAAGAGCAGUGUACUAUUCUGAAAAGCCUACCUACCAAGGUUCAACCACAGCAGGUUCUGGAAGUUCCAGAAAUGCCCUCCAACGGUCAUAUUCUCUCAACAGAAAUAUCCUUUGCACCUUGGACUAUAAAAGGCUGAAGAAAAAGAAGAAAGAGCGAGAGAAAUCAAGAGCAAGGUCAUGGGUUCGAAUCCCCCGGCUAACACUGGGGGGGAGAUUGUUGGAUUUAUUAAUCCAGCGUCACCCUUAGGAUUCGAUGGGCUUAACAUCCCACCCCAUGGCGCUUAACAUCGCAGCCCCUUGAGGACUCUGUGCUAUAAGGAAAUAAAGUUGCGCCCUCACUAACAGCAAUUGCUUUUGGCGUAGUGGUAAGCGCUGGAUCCAAUAUGUGGUAUCAGAGCCAGGUCCCGUGUUCGAAUCCCACGGAAGGCAUGCUGUGCAGCUAGUUUGGCUGGCAGGUGCUGGGGGGGGAUUGUUGGGUCCAGGUGGGCCAGCAUCCUGCCUGCAGGUAGCAUUCGAAACGGGGCGCUGUCUGCUACGCUAUAAGAAAUAACGUUGCGCCCUCACUAACACCAAUUGGUUUUGGCGUAGUGGUAAGCGCGUGAUCCUACAGAUUGCUCGCCAGAUGUCUCCUCAAGAGGUAACUCAACCAUCGGAGAGACCGAAGUAGGAUGAGGCUGAGGCU